UCUUAAAAGAAGUAGAAAGCAUGAGAAGUCUUUCUGACAUGGAAAUGCUCUUUUUAAAGAUUAAAGUAAGUGCUUUAAAAUGAAAGUUGGCCACUUAGUUUCUGAUCGAGUCUGCAACUUUUUUCCAAACUUUGACUGAUGGCGUAGCAUCCUGACUAACAAUAUGAAGCGUGUGAUUAAAAAGAAGCAGCCCGAUUUUGAAUGUGACUCUUUUGUUGGGGUUCCAGGGUCCAAGGCCAAGAAGAGGCCAAGACCCACCAAAGUGUACCAGGGUGUAGAAAUUUUGGUGCUAAACCAAAUGGGGAGAUCAGUUGGGCGAUUUUGCCGUAGGCUGAAUUACAAAAAGAAAUGUAUUCAGGUGUCUGACAUUACCCUUCUAAAUACUGAUAUAAACACCGAACCAUCUGUCUCUCAUCCCUCGAACAGCCGUGAGACUCGUGGUAAAAAAUUCAGCUGUAAACUCUGUGGCGUGAAGUACUGCCGCAAAGGGAACCUGGUGUCUCACAUGCGAAUACACACAGGAGAGACUCCGUACUGCUGUGAACUGUGUGGAAAAGCGUUCCGGCGUUCAGACUGGCUUAAAUUGCACAUGCAAAUCCACAUGGGUAAGAAACAGCCGAGGCCUAAGCGCUUCAUUUGCGAUCAGUGUGGGAUGAAGUUUGAUUGCUCUGCUGCACUCCAAAGUCAUAUAUGGAAACACAGAGGUGAGAGACCACUUCCUUGUGUGCUCUGUGAGAAGACAUUCUACAGUCUGGGCACUCUUAGACGGCACAAAAAAGAAUGUCACUCUGCAGAAAGCAGACGGUUCUCUUGCUCCAUGUGUGGACACAUCUUUAAACGCCUUCAUGCGCUUCAGAAACACACACGGAUUCACACUGGAGAGAGACCUUACUCCUGUUCACAGUGCGGAAAAUGUUAUCGUCAUCAGUACACACUGUUUAUGCAUAAUAAACUGCACUCAUGCAAUGGUUGAUGUGAUGCACCAAAUUUAACAACUUUUUACCAUAUGCAAAACAGUACCUUUGACAGCGAAAUCUCUGUAAAUAAAGAGAGAGAUUGCAUAAGUGGAUCCAUUUGGCAGUAAUAACCUGCGGUUGUGGGAUUCAGAUUUAAUAGUUCUAUGGAAGUUUAAGGAAGGCCAAAUUAUCUUAUAAUGUUCCUAGUGUUACUUGUCAUAAUUGCAUUUUAACUAGUAAGAAUUCCAAUUACAGAACUCUAAAACUGAAUAUUCACUUGUCAUAUGUUUCCAUUGACUCCCAUUCGUUUUUAAUUACAAAGCUCUACAAUUAAAUUUUAACUAGUAAGAAUUUCAAUGGACCCAUUUCACACGUCCACGUUCGUGAAGCGGAAGUCGUCAUAGUUGGCAAAACUUGAAUGGCGGUGAAUGGGGGACCACAGCAAAUGUAAUGUUUGCUUACAUGUUUGCUCCAACAGCAAAAAAAUAAAUAAAUUUUUUUUUUUUUAAAUCAACUAUUACGCUUUCACAUCUGUGCAAAAAAAAAAAAUCAAAAUAUACAGCAGUAAGAAGAGAAACUUUUUUUUUUUCUGUCACUCCCUCAUGUUUAUAUAUUAUAUUAUGUAUUAUUAUAAAUUUAUUAAAAUCAUAUAUAUAUAUAUAUAUUUAGGGUAUUUCACAUUAGGCACAUCUUAUACUGUAGAGCUCUCUAAUUAAAAUAUUAUUAGUACAACUACAAUUACAAUGAGUAAUGCUAGGUGCAUUAAACGCUAAAUCAGCUUGCCAUAAAAGUUCACGUUUUU